GCUUUCGAAAGUCCCAUUAUCUGGAGCACCGAGAGAAAGAGACACAGGACAGAGCAUAAAAAGCAACAAACACUUGACAAGUCGCGCGAUCCGAGCAGUUCCAAUCAGCCAGCCAAUAAGCAUGGAAAGAAACACACCCGUGCCGUUGGGGGAAAGCCCUGCCCGUGGCGAUAGUGCUCGAAUCACAGGGAAAGACCCACACAGCCAAAGCGGGGAAUGCCGGGGGCAUGUCCCGGGAUAAUGUCAGCUGUAAUCAGAACCCUCUGCUGCGCUGACUUUAUAAAUAACUGUAAUCAUUUGGGGGAUUGUACCCACCCCGAGUGGGGGGAGUACACCGUGUCCAAGGUUAAUUAUGAUGAGGGGCCGGUGUGUUUUUACAUAGGUCGCGACCUUAAUAUCAGACAACAAGUAUCAAUAACAAAUGGUGUUUUGAAUUAUUAAUAGAUAUCCCUUUUUCACCUUCGCGGUGACUUUUUGCCUCAUUUCGAAGGUGUCAUCCCGAUGGAAACGUUACUUUGAGCGUACGAACGAUCCGAAAAGAUGCAAAAAAUCACCUUCAAAGGACUAACGCAGCGUGUGAUUGAUAAGAACGGGGAAUUCUUCAAGGCUCGUCCAUCUUUUCGUGCCGAAUUCCAAUGCCGUAGUUGGUUCGGCAAACAGUUGCGAGGGCUUUGCGACAUUACGGCCCUUCACGGGUACAGCCAGAUCGUGCGCGAUGGAUACAGCAUGGUGGAACGGACCGUGUGGACCUGUGCCGUCGUUGCGUCGACUAUCAGCGCCAUUACGCUGCUCAUGAUCUCGUGGUCUUGGAGCGUCGAAACACCGACCGUAACGGUUACCGAGUCGACGAACUAUCCAACCUGGAAUCUUCCCUUUCCCGCCGUGACGGUGUGCAAUCUGAACAAGAUCUCGGCAUCGGCCGCCCGGUCCCGCGCCGAGACGAUGCGCCGCCCGGGCAACAUGACGGUGGACGAGCUGACGGAGAUGUUUCGGUUGUUUCUGCACGUGACCGGCCUGGGAGAUCCCGACCCCGUUCGCUACCGACUCCUGCACGACAUUAUGCUGAUGAACAAUCUGGAGAUACCGCAGCUGAUAGGUGAAUUCACCCCGCCCUGUGGUACACUGCUCGAGCGCUGCAUGUGGAAGGGUACGCAGUGGCGCUGUGACAACCUGUUCCAGGUGGUGAACAGUACGGAAGGGUUGUGCUGCUCCUUCAACUACUACGGACUGCUGAAGGACAACUAUCCGAAGAAGAUCACCGUGAGUGUGCCGAAGGAUCCGAGACGUGUGAUGGCGAGCGGGUACCAGACGGGCCUGUCGAUACUGCUGCAACCGCUUGCGGAAGACUACCACUCGACCGAUGUCGCCUCGUACGGGUUUAAGGUGAUGAUCCACAGCUCGUACGACUAUCCGGAUAACGAUGCGGAAAUUAAGCUCGUGUUGGCGGGGACGGAAUCGUUCAUUACGCUCAGGCCGACGGCAACGUACGCCACGGACGAUGCGCUCGAUGUGGCGCCGUCCGUGCGCAACUGCUACAGCCGGCAGGAGCGCGUGCUCGGUGUGAUGCAGCGUUACUCGUACGUGAACUGUAUGGUGGAGUGUCGGGCGGCAAACAUCUACGCCAAGUGUGGCUGCGUACCGUACCAUCUGCCGAACAAUGGGUCGAUGCGCAACUGUGAGAUGAAGGACAUGGAGUGUGUGGUACGUGCGCGAGAUCGCUACGUGACGGCCGUGCCGACGAGGAACGGUUCCGUAGAGCGGCUGUCUUACGGGAGUGUUGUGGCGCCCUGCGGCUGCUUGCCCGGGUGUGAUAAGGUGCAGUACCCGUCCGAGAUGGUAACGGGCAGGAUGAAUCGGUCAUUCUCGUUUAACGCCAUAUCGUUUUUCAAAGACAUCCAACUGCAGAAUCAAAGCCUGGUGCACAUUUAUCUGGCCGAUCUGACCGCGACCCACUUCCGAAUGGACAUUUAUCAGGACUCGUUGGGUGUUUUGGCGUCCUUUGGAGGGAUUUUGGGACUUUUUCUCGGCUUUAGUAUAAUUACUGGCUUUGAAAUGGUUUACUACUUCUCCAUUCGCUUGCUGUUUGAUGCGAUUGCGAAGAAGAGCGACAAACGGAACGCGUCCAGCGCGGGUCAGCAUUGAAGCGUUUUCGGUCGCGCACAGAUUGCAUACAUUUAGGCGUAAACUUUGAAGGUGUGCUUUGGGAUGAGCUUUAUGAAUUUCCCUUUAGCAGGGGACGUUAAUUUGAUGCACAUGAGUCUCUUAAUUUGGAGUGGAAAAUGCCGUUUUGAUUGCAUUAAUUUAAUAUGAAUAAUUUAUUAUCUUAUUUGUAAUUUAUGUUACAAUUAUCGACCCGUUAGUACUCGACAGUCACGCACUUAGUCUUGAGGUACUCGUUCAACGCUUCCUUGCCUGAAAUGUUGAGACAGACACACCAAUUAGACACCAACUAAACACCCACCCGUCAAGCAA